UUACGGUAGAGAGUCACGAUGCAGGGUGGUAUAAAUGAGGGGGUAUUUGUCUUGGAACUUAAAGUUGGAAUCAUCGUUCUCGAGACUGACUGCAAAAUUCACAGCGUCUGGACGAUAUUCGACAGCUAUGGAAGGUGUUGUAAAGACUCUGAUGGUGCUGGUCAUAGCGUGUACCAUCGGUGCCUGUCUUGGCAUGCCGUCUACAGGACGUCCUGAUGGUCCUGGUCGUCCUUUGGAGGAGGUUAACAUGACUAGGCCUGACGAUCAGCUGGAAAUCGGUGCAGACCGGAGACAGGACCCUGAAGAUCAACGGCAAAAUGCCACAGAAGGGAGACCGGAAAACCAGCGGAAAGACGCCGCAGAAGGGAGACCGAUACCAGAAGAUCAACAGAAAGAUGCCGCAGAAGGGAGACCGUUACCGGAAAACCAGCGGAAAAAUGCUGCAGAAGGGAGACCGAUACCAGAAGAUCAGCAGAAAGAUGCUGCAGAAGGGAGACCGAAACCGGAAAACCAGCGGAAAGACGCCGCAGAAGGGAGACCGAAACCUGAAGAUCAGCGGAAAGACGCUGCAGAAGGGAGACCGUUACCGGAAAACCAGCGGAAAAAUGCUGCAGAAGGGAGACCGAUACCAGAAGAUCAGCAGAAAGAUGCUGCAGAAGGGAGACCGAAACCGGAAAACCAGCGGAAAGACGCCGCAGAAGGGAGACCGAAACCGGAAAACCAGCGGAAAGACGCCGCAGAAGGAAGACCGAAACCUGAAGAUCAGCGGAAAGACGCUGCAGAAGGGAGGCCGAUACCAGAAGAUCAGCAGAAAGAUGCUGCAGAAGGGAGACCGAAACCGGAAAACCAGCGGAAAGACGCCGCAGAAGGGAGACCGAAACCUGAAGAUCAGCUGAAAGACGCUGCAGAAGGAAGACCGAUACCUGAAGAUCAGCGGAAAGACGCCGCAGAAGGGAGACCGAUACCUGAAGAUCAGCAGAAAGACGCCGCAGAAGGGAGACCGAUACCUGAAGAUCAGCAGAAAGACGCUGCAGAAGGGAGACCGAUACCAGAAGAUCAGCAGAAAGAUGCUGCAGAAGGGAGACCGAUACCUGAAGAUCAGCAGAAAGACGCUGCAGAAGGGAGACCGAUACCAGAAGAUCAGCAGAAAGAUGCUGCAGAAGGGAGACCGAUACCUGAAGAUCAGCAGAAAGACGCUGCAGAAGGGAGACCGAUACCAGAAGAUCAGCAGAAAGAUGCUGCAGAAGGGAGACCGAUACCUGAAGAUCAGCAGAAAGACGCUGCAGAAGGGAGACCGAUACCUGAAGAUCAGCAGAAAGAUGCUGCAGAAGGGAGACCGAUACCUGAAGAUCAGCAGAAAGAUGCUUCAGAAGGGAGACCGAUACCUGAAGAUCAGCAGAAAGAUGCUGCAGAAGGGAGACCGAAACCGGAAAACCAGCGGAAAGACGCCGCAGAAGGGAGACCGGAAACUGAAGAUCAGCGGAAAGAUGCUGCAGAGGAGAGACCGAAACCUGAUCAGCUGAAGGACAGCGAGGCAAUUUGAUAUACCGACCAUAGCAUGCCCCAAAUAUAUACCGAUGUGGACUUCAUGCACACAUGUACUUCCAUAUGUUCUUCUUUUUCACAUUAGGGUGGCGAUACAUUUUUGAGUAAAUAUCUAAAAGAGAAGUUAUCCGUGAAACUACGCUCCCAAUGACAUUUGCUAUCAGAAAACACACAUACAUUGUUUGUCAAUAUGAAAGCUAAAAGUCAAAUUACCCUCUGUUGUAAAUGACGUUUUCGAAUUUCGUAAAAUAUUCCUGAAAUUAAGAAAUACACAGUUGUACGUGUACGUGAACAUGAUAAAUGACUUCAGCGACGUUUAAUGAUGCUUUCGAAUUGUUAAAGCAAAUCAACAUUAUAAAUACAUGAAAUAAUUAUUACUUUGUAUUUCUUUAGACGUCUUGAAAUAUGA